AUGCACACAUACACACAGAGAGAGCACAUAUACACACAGUACACAAGGAGACUAGGGUGAGGAGGAUGUGUGGGUGAGGGAAGCGGAGCAUGGGGAGGUGGAGGGGGUAGUUUGGACAAAAGUCUUAGCUGGGCUGAAAGAGCAGUGCACUGAGGGCAGAAGAGUCCUUUCAUGAGUGACUGCCCUUUUUGGAGGACGUGCCUUGCCUACUAACAAGCUCUACUGUAGCUGGCUAAUGACCUAGCUCCAAGCAGAGAUGCACAGCUAGGAUGACAUGGAGAUGGAGGAAUGAGUGUGAGAAUGUGAUUUGAAGGAGUCAGGCGCAGGAGGGUAACUCACUGAAUACAGAGUUUAUUCCGUAGGACACAGUUACACUGGAUAGCGUCAACAAAAUACAGGCACUCGGGGAACAAUAUCCCCGGAAAUACACCCCCCCCCGGACGCGCAGCUCCAGCAGCGCGCCGACCCCCGGCCUCGGGGACGGCCAGGAGGAUGCGGAGCAGGGCGAGCCGGAUGGCGACGGUGGAAACCCCGCAACAGGGAGGGAUCAAGGAUAUCUCUCACCGGAACCCAGCACCAUUCCUCCGGACCGUACCCCUCCCACUCCACGAGGUACUGAAGGCCCCCCACCCGACGCCUCGAAUCCAGGAAGGAACGGACAGAGUAUAUCGGGGCCCCCUCGACGUCCAGGGAGGCGGAGGGACCUCUCGCACCUCAGACUCCUGGAGCGGACCAGCCACCACCGGCCUGAGGAGAGACACAUGAAACCUACCCACAUCCUGAUUUACCCGUUCCACCUGCCCAUUAGACUCUGGGUGGAACCCAGAGGUCAGGCUGACCGAGACCCCCAGACGUUCCAUGAACGCCUUCCAGACCUUGGAUGUGAACUGGGGACCUCGGUCAGACACUAUAUCCUCUGGUACCCCGUAGUGCCGGAAGACGUGUGUAAACAGGGCCUCCGCAGUUUGCAGGGCCGUGCGGAGACCGAGCAGAGGAAGGAGGCGGCAGGCCUUUGAAAAGCGGUCCACAACGACCAGGAUGGUGGUGUUACCUUGGGAGAGGGGAAGAUCAGUCAGGAAAUCAACACUUAGAUGAGACCAUGGUCGUUGUGGAAUUGGUAAAGGUUGUAACUUACCCGCUGGGAGGUGCCUAGGUGCCUUACUCUGGGCGCACACUGAGCAGGAGGAGACAUAUACACCCUCACGUCCUUAGCCAAGAUAGGCCACCAGUACUUUCCAGUCAGGCAGCGCACUGUACGACCGAUACCUGGGUGACCAGAGGAGGGUGACGUGUGUGCCCAGUAGAUCAGACAAUCACGGAUAAGAGCAUGCACGUACCGCAGUCCAGCUGGACACAGGUGGAGAUGGAUCUGUGCGUAAUGCCUGCUCUAUAUCCGCGUCCAUCGCCCAUACUACCGGCGCCACAAUGCAGGAGCCGGGAGUAUGGGGGUGUUGUCUCUGGGCCUCUCCUCUGUGUCAUACAGCCGUGACAAUGCGUCUGCCUUCACGGUCUUUGUACCCGAGAUGUAUGACAGUGUAAAAUCGAACCGGGUGAAGAAUAGCUUAGUGGUUAAGAGCGUUGUGCCAGUAACCGAAAGGUCGCUGGUUCUAAUCCCCGAGCCGACUAGGUGAAAAACCUGUCGAUGUGCCCUUGAGCAAGGCACUUAACCCUAAUUGCUCCUGUAAGUCGCUCUGGAUAAGAGCGUCUGCUAAAUGACCUAUUUAUUUUAUUUAAUAGGGCCCUCCUGGUCUGGCGAGGAUUCAGCCUCCUUGCUGCCCGGAUGUACGCCAGGUUACGGUGUUCCGUCCAGACGAGGAAAGGGUGUUUCGCCCCCUCGAGCCAAUGCCUCCACACAGUCAAAGCUCAGACAACAGCCAACAGCUCCCGAUCACCAACGUCGUAGUUCUGCUCCGCCGGGCUGAGCUUCUUAGAGAAGAAGGCACAAGGGGUGGAGCUUGGGUGGUGUGCCCGAGCGUUGAGAUAGGACAGCGCCUAUCCCUACCUCGGACGCAUCCACCUCCACUACGAACGGUAGUGAUGGAUCGGGGUGGACCAGUACCGGGGCUGAGGUGAACAGACCCCUCAGUUUCCUGAAGGCCGGGUCAGCCUCAGCAGACCAGCGGAGCCGGGACGGCCCACCCUUCAACAGAGAUGUAGUGGGAGCUGCGACCUUGCCAAAGCCCCAGAUAAACCUCUGAUAGUAGUUGGCAAAGCCCAGAAAGCGCUGCACCUCCUUAACCGUGGUGGGAGUCGGCCAAUUACGCACGGCUGAAAUGCGAUCCCCCUCCAUCUCCACCCCUGAGGUGGUAAUGCGGUAUCCGAGGAAGGAGACGGACUGCUGGAAAAACAUACACUUCUCUGCCUUGGCAUAAAGGUAAUUUUCCAACAGUCGGGGCAGCACUUUGCGAACCAGGGACACAUGCUCGGCGCACAUUGCGGAAUACACCAGAAUGUCAUCGAUGUAGACCACUACACCGCGACCAAGCAUGUCCCGAAACACCUCGUUCACAAAGGACUGUAAGACGGAUGGAGCAUUCAUCAAACCGUAGGGCAUAACCAGGUAUUCAUAAUGCCCCGUGGUUGUGCUGAAUGCUGUCUUCCACUCAUCUCCCUCCCGAACACGCACCAGGUUGUACGCACUCCUGAGAUCUAAUUUGGCGAAGAAGCGCGCCCCAUGCAUUGACUCGAUCACUGACGGAAUGAGGGGGGGGGGGGAUAACUAAACCUGAUCGUCUCCUUGUUCAGUGGUCGAUAAUCAAUGCAAGGGCACAAACUGCCGUCUUUCUUCUUCACAAAGAAGAAACUCGAGGAGGCGGGUGAAGUGGAGGGACGUGUAUAUACCCCUGGCGCAGGGACUCGGUGACAUUUGUUUCCAUAGCCGCCGUUUCAGCCUGCGACGGGGUACACAUGACUCCUGGGAGGUACAGCAUCUACCCGGAGGUUUAUCGCGCAAUCCCCCGCCCAAUGAGGUGGUAACUUGGUAGCCUGCGUCUUUGAAAACGCAUGCACCAAAUUGAGGUAUUCGGGGGGGAACGCGCACGGUGGAGGUACUGUCUGGACUUUCCGUGGUUGCACCAACAGAAAGACCUAGACACCUACCCUGACACACUCGUGACCACCCCGUGAGAACCCCCCCAUGAGAAGGUGGGGUUGUGGAGUGCUAACCAAGGGAUACCUAAUACCACAGGGAAGCAGGGGACUCAAUAAUUUAAAAAAAAGUGAUCUGCUCUCCUGGGUAAUCAUGGUGACUGGUGCAGUAACUUCCUGAACAAACCCGGACCCUAAUGGUCGACAAUCAAGUGCUCUGAUGAAAUACCUAGACGGCGUGAGAAUGCCCUGUCCAUAAAGUUCUCAGCUGCACCUGAAUCGAGUAACGCCUUACAUUGGGGAACUACCAUGUGAUCUGGAAAGUAGAUGGGUAGGGUACAGUGCGCAGCAGAGGGCUCUGAACGAGUGUGGGUGUUCGAUACCUGGGGUGAUGCGAGUGCCCUGCCUGCCGCCUCCAGACCCAAAAGAGCGUUGACGACUCCGUGUGGUGUACUGUCGCUGUCGUCCUCCGCUCUCUCGGAUGGCGGCUCCACCCAGCUCCAUCAGCUCGGGGUGGGAACGAGCAGACCCCUUCCAGGACGUCCUCUGGCUGCCAGCAGGUUGUCCAAACGGAUGGCCAUGUCCGCCAGUUGCGUGAAAGACAACAUGGUGUCCCGGCAAGCUAGCUCCUGUCGGACGUCCUCCCACAGAUGGCACCGGAAAUGGUCCAUAAGAGCCCGCUCGUUCCACCCGGACCCCGCUGCCAGUCCGAAACUCCAAAGCGAAGUCCUGCGCGGUCCUCGUCCCCUGCCUCAGGUGGACCAGCCGCUCGCCAGCCUCUCGACCCUCGGGCUGGUGAUCGAAGAACGCCCGAAAGAGGCGAGCGAACUCCCUGUAGUUCUCCAACGCGGCUCCUCCUUCGUUCCACACCGCGUUGGCCCACUCCAGGGCUUUCCCCGACAGGCAGGAGACUAGGGCGGACACCCUCUCCCACUCCGAUGGGGCCGGCCUGAUGCUGGAGAAAUAGAGCUCCAGUUGGAGGAGGAAUCCUUGGCAGAGCGCCGCCGUCCCGUCAAACUCCCGUGGUCGGGAAAUCUGGAUCCCUCCGGGUGCUGGGGUGUGGGCGGCUGGAUCCGGUUGGCCAGCUGGUCUCGACAGAUUUGGGUACUCUCCUCUCCAGGCGUUGGACGACCUGAAGAACCCGAUCCAUCGCUUCUCCCAAGCUGGCCAGUAUCGUGGAAUGCUCCUGGACCCGUGCCACGACUCCAGGCGUGCGCUCCUCUCCCGCUGACUCCAUAGUGCGGGUGGGUGAUUCUGUGAGAAUGUGAUUUGAAGGAGUCAGGCGCAGGUGGGUAAAUCACAGAAUACAGAGUUUAUUCCGUAGGACACAGUUACGCUAGUAGCGUCAACAAAAUACGGGCACACAGGGAACAAUAUCCCUAGAAAGACAAGGUACGGGUAGCUCAACCGAGCUACACUCAACUCACAAAUAACAAUCACCCACAAGGACAAGGGGGGCAGAGGGAACACUUUUACAUGUACUAAUGAGGGGAUAUGAACCAGGUGUGUGUAAUUGACAAGACAAGACAAAUGGAAUGAUGAGAUAUGGAGCGGCAGUGGCUAGUAGGCCGGUGACGACGAACGCUGAAGCCUGCCCGAACAAGGAGGGAAGGCAGCUUCGGAGGAAGUCGUGACAAUGAGUGUGUGUUUUCAUGUAUCUGGAUGUGCUUUAGGGAAAAGUUUCAUGAGCAACUUUCCUUGGCAUAGGAGAACUACCCAUGGAGCUACACAGAGAGGCUUGUGUGUGCUUGUUUUUGUUUAUGCAGGGCUUGCAUCUGUGUGUGUGUGUGUGUGUGUGUGUGUGUGUUCUUGACUGCCUAAAAAUAUAGCAAUGCCAGAAUCACAGGGUGACAGCCGCAGGGCCAAAUCAUUUCCUGCCAGCAUUGCCCCAUUUAGAGAACCUUUCCUUGAUGAUAAUGAUGCUGUGUUAGUAUGAGAGCGAGAGGGAUGGAGAGACUGGGGUUAUAUGAAGAACACGUGUAUUCAGUUGAGUGUGUGUGCAGCAAUCUCUCUGACGCAAAACCUUUCUGACACAUGGGUUCACAGUGCCCAUCCUCGCAUCGCUCAUAGCAGUCCGGGUCAGACACACACACACAAACACAUCCUCACAUAUCUUACACAUGUUCACUCCCAUUGUGUAGCGGUAUCUAUGUACAAAAUGUAUUCUCUAUUUCCUGUAGUAUAGCACAAAGCAAAGAUCUUUUGACAAAGGACUUGGACAAUACAUUUGGCAUAAAAAAUGACUAGGCUAUUAAAAUGUUAGAUUCCUCGCUCUUAUCAGGCAGAGGCGAGCUGCGUCAGGGACAGAGGGAAGUGGUGUGGGUGGCUGGUGAAAAGAGGAUGACUCAACUGCCAACUAAUGCUGUGUCACUGGGGGAAAGUUUUUUAUGUGCAGUGUAUUAACAUUUUCUGUCUUUCUUCCUCCUUUCUCUCACCCUCUUUCUCUUCAUUCCCCUCACCAUUUUUCUCUUCCACCGUUCUUCCUCUCGCUCUCCCCCUCAGGGUGUGGAAUGCCCUGACAGAUAACUAUGGCAACGUGAUGCCAGUGGACUGGAAGACAUCUCACAUUCGCUCCCUGCAUCUCCCCACACUCAACCUCUGCAAGCAGGGGGUAAGACACACACCCACACCCAUAGGCAAACACUCACACACAUGGUCUGCACUGCCCCACUCUGUACACAUUCCCCCGCUCAGCACACCUGUUCGUUAGCUCAGCCAAGCUGACUCAUCUCUCUUUUUUCCUCUCUCUCCCAAUCUCUCUCUUUUUGUCCAUCUUCUCGCCCUCUUCUCUCUCUCUCUCCCUCUAUGUGAUGGACAGAAGCUGGACAACAUGCCUCUGGACCUGUCUGAUGAUGAGGAGCUGAGGGAACAGAUGGAUAUGCACUCCAUCAUUGUGUCCUGCAUCAAUGAUGAGCCGCUCUUCACUGCAGAGCAGGUACAAACACACACACACAUUUGACAGACAACGCACUCUCUUUCUAUCAUGUCUCAAAUUCACCACACACUACUACUUACAAAGCCACACUCUUAACACAAACUAUGCGUGUGUGUGUUGCAGGUGAUUGAGGAGAUUGAGGAGAUAAUGCAGGAGUCUCCAGACCCAGAGGAAGAUGAGAGCCCGUCCCAAACAGACCUGUCCAUGCUCUCCCAAGACCUCAGCAACCUCAAACGCUCCAGCUCCAACACCAGCUAUGAGGACCGUGAGUUAUUCCUAACUCUCAUCUAAAUCACUAACUGCUCAAGUAUAAACAGCUCCUUGCAGCUGUAUUACACAACCCCAUACAUAUACACUGAGUAUACCAAACUUUAGGAAGACCUUCCUAAUAUUGAGUUGUGCACCCCCCACCCCCACCCCCCUGUUCCAAAGGGAUGCUGGCCCAUGUUGACUCCUAUGCUUCCCACAGUUGUGUCAAGUUGGCUGGAUGUCUUUUGGGUGGUGGGCCAUUCUUGAUACACACGGGAAACUGUUGAACAAACCGGUGCACCUACUACCAUACCCCGUUCAAAGGCACUUAAAUAUUUUGUCUUGCCCAUUCACCCUCUGAAUGGCACACAUACACAAUCCAUGCCUCAAUUGUCUCAAGGCAUAAAAAUCCUUCUUUAACCUGUCUCCUACCCUUCAUCUACACUGAUUGAAGUGGAUUUAACAAGUGACAUCAAUAAGGGAUCAUAGCUUUCACCUGGAUUCACCUGGUCAGUCUAUGUCAUGGAAAUGUUAAUGUUUUAUAUACUCAGUGUAUAUACAACUGGACCGCAGAUACAGGCUCACAGUAGCAUUGUUACAUAAUAGACAUUAGAUACAACUGGACAGCAAUUACUGCAUACUUGUUAUGUAACUUUAAAUGCACAUCAUAUCAAGAUGUAAUGCAAACGUUUGGGACUGACCAUGUAAGUAUGUGAUGUGUUAUCCUGCCAUGUGUUAAUGGUAUUUGUCAAGCCCUAUAUAAGUAUGCGUUUAGUAUGUUUAUGUUCUAAUCCCUACCUCCCCCCAGGCUUGCGUCUUCUUUCGUUCUCAGAGCUGAGCGAGGCCUUGGAGGAGGUGGAGACUGCCAUCAGGCGCUACAGUGAGGAGCUGAUCCAGGCCCUUGCCCUGAGAGACGAGCUGGACUUUGAGAAGGAGGUGAAGAACAGCUUCAUCUCGCUGCUCAUCGACGUGCAGAAUCGGCAGAAGGAGCACCGCGAGCUGCUCCGCAAGAAGAAGAAGAUCAGGCCCACAGGCAGCGCUCAGAGGGCCGACAGGACACAUGUCCCUGGGACGGUGAGCGAGAUGGGGCACUGAUACACAGAUUCGUACACCUAGUAUUGUAUAAAUUUAAAUGCAUAUAAUACACGUUGUGAUGCACACAUACGCACAUAGAUAGAGGGGUCCGAAAUUAUUGACGCCCUUGAUAAAGAUGAGCGAUAAUGACUAUAUAAAGUAAAUAAUUCAAGUACUGACCUAAUUGUAUGCUCCAAAAAAUUGGGAAAUUAUAUUAUUUUAUACUAAUACAAUUGCUCAGAGAAAGAGAUUUUGUUUAACAAGUCAUAAUUUUUUAACUCAAAUGUAGUGGUCAAAAUUAUUGACCCCCCAUAUUAUUUGGUCCCAUAUUUCUAUCACACAAUGACUACAUCAAGCUUGUGACUACAAACUUGUUGGAUGCAUUUGCCGUUUUUAUUGAUUUGAUUUAUUUUCAGAUUAUUUUGUGCCCAAUAGAAAUGAAUGGUAAAUAAUGGAUUGUGUCAUUUUGGAAUCACUGUUAUUGUAAAUAAGAAUAUAAUAGGUUUCUAAAGACUUCUACAUUAAUGUGGAUGUUACCAUGAUUACGCAUAAUCCUGAAUUAAUCGUGAACAAUGAUGAGUGAGAAAGUUACAGAGGCAUAAAUAUCAUACCCCAAGACAUGCUAACCUCCUGUUAUUGGUAAUGGUGAGAGGUUAGCGUGUCUUGGGAGUAUGAUCUUUUGACCCUCUGCAACUUUCUCACUCACAAUAAUAAUUGGGCAUAAAAUAAUCUGGGGGAAAAACACCUAAACAAACUGCAAAUGCAUCCAAAAAGUUUGUAUAGUCAUAAGCUUGAUGUAGUCAUUGUGUGCUAGGAAUAUGGAACCAAAUACUAAACCUUUGACUACUUUAAUUAUUUCUGACACCACUGUAAGUGUAUUGUGCACACGGGUAGAUGCAUGCACUGGAAACAGAAGAAAUGCAUGAGAAACAUGCAUGCAUGGAAGUACUGUACUAACUUCUGCCACUCACCCUGUAGACCCUGUUGGGUCUCUCUCUCUCCUUACGCUUUAUUAUACAGUCCGCUAUUUACCUACUAUUUACAUGGUGGAAAAUGUAUUUAUUUACAUCAUUACAUUGUAAUUAUUGGGCUUUGUUGUAUGCCAUUUUGACAUGUCUUUGUAAAUACCAGCUGAAAUCAGGACUGUAAAAUAAAGCAUCCAGUAGGUCUGAAUUCACCCUGCCAUUGUUUUUGUCCAAUCUGAACUGUUGGACUUCUGUGUAGAUAAUUUGUCCUUUUUGGAACCAGAAACGAUGGAGGGUUGAAUCCAGUUCUAUACCCCUCUUCUUAUUCUCCUGCUCUGUAGAGCUCUCAUGUCUUUUUGGAGGGUUUCUCAUUCUUUCUCUAGUUUUAUCUCUCUUGCAUUCUCUCCCUCAUCUCCCUUCCUCUAGCUCUUCACUAUGGAAGGGCUGUCCACUGUCAUUCAGAACGGCCUCCGUCAAACUUUCGGCAUCACAGGAGGGGACAAACAGGUGCCCCUCUCUCUAGCUAUCCUCUCGUCUUUUUUUAAGUUUUUCUUAUACUUUUUUGGACAGUUAUUUUCUCUACAGCUUUUGCCGCUGCUGUGUUUUCCACGUGUCCUCUUUAUUUUACCAUCUUUCAUUUUCAUUUUUUCUAUCAGUUUUUUAACUCAAGCCCUCCUUUCUGCUCUCACUCAUCCUCUGGCUCAUUCUCUCUGUCCAUCAAACACAAAUUAAGCAGCUCUCCUUAUCAGCUUUCAUAUCCUUCUCUUUUUAUGACUUAUUAUUUUCCCCCAAUGCUUUUCCUGUCUUGUUGACUGAGCAUUUAGCCUUGAGAUUGUCUGUAACUUGAUGCUGAAUCAUCCAAUAGUGUGCACUCCUUAUUUCCUGCAAAUAAGCAUCCUCCUAUUACUAAUGCCCAACUGUCUCCCACCAAGCUAAAACCAACCAAUGGCCUUAACCCAAUCGCUCACCUACAGCCACACGCCAACCAAUCACAACUUACUUUCACUCAUUAUUGGCUCAGAGUCGACCAAUGACUUUCUCUCUCUCAAAUAAUCAGUUUCUUGAAUUCAACAAUUUAUACAAAUGGUGAUGGUAAGGUUUAGGGUUGUGACGGUCAUGGAAUUUGGGAUGACGGGAAUUGGCCAGCCAAAUGACGCGGUCUCUUUUAAUAACCGUUCGAAUAGUAAAACACUGCAAAGUAGUUAAAAUGCUGUUGGUUCCACUUUAAAGGAAAUAUUCACCCAUUUUGAAUGUUAUAUUGUAUUUCUGCAUCACUGGGCGAUGUUCUAUCGAUUCCCGGGGUCAUUUCAUGUUUUUAUGUGUAUCUGAUCUAUUUGUCGUUCAAGCAGGCAGAACUACAGCCUGUAUGACGAGUUUUGCAUCAUAUGCUAAAUUCUCAAUAACUUUCUAUUGUAUCAUGGUGCAGUUUUUCAUUUUCUUUCUGUUCUUCCAUCCUUUACAUUCCCUCUCUCCUGUGUCUUGUUCUCUCUCCUCUUGUUCUGUGGUUGUGACGUGUUUCUCGCUCUCAGUAUCUGACCACAGUUAUCCCAUAUGAGAAGAACGCUGGCUCCCCCUCUGUGGAAGACCUUCAGAUCCUCACCAAGAGUGAGUACUGACAUGUUCCUGUUGAUUACAACGGUUUAUUUCUUUUACAAACCACACUUUGUCUGUCAACUUGCAAUUCACCAUAGGCCGACUGAUGAAAGCUGUAAUGUGAAGACUGAAAUGUCAUAUUAUAACCAUGAUAUUAACUCAUCCCAAGUCUGUGUUUGUGUUUUUCUCACUCUUCUCUCCAUGCAGUUCUGCAUGCCAUGAGGGAGGACAGUGAGAAGGUACCCAGCCUCCUAACAGACUACAUUCUCAAAGGUACACCCUCCCUACCAGUUACAAAACUCUUACUCCCGUUAUUACCGCACAGGGUGUACAUUCUCAAAGGUACUCAAUUACUUUGAGAAAACAUUGCGCCCAUUCAAAACAGAGCUUUUGUCUAGAAUGACAGUCUCACUACGACCUAGUGCCUGAGAAAGAUACUGCAGGACACGAGGGUUCAGUUAGGAUACAUGUUAUUAGGAGGGUCUACUUCCAGUGUGUACUUUGUUCCCUGAAGGCCUGCAGGGUUGUUCUGAGCCUUUCAUCUUGACCUUUACCCUCCUUGUCUCUCGCCUCUGCUGCGCCGCUCUGUCGCUAGCUCUGGUAUGAGAGUGGUGGACGUGGAGGUUUGUGAGGCUCUCACACACACACAAUCACAUGCAUACAAGAAACGCGCACACACACGUAAUGUGUGGAGAGCCCGCUCUCACACACCUCCGAGACAGCCCCCUUCACUGGCUAUGUGCUGUAGUGUAGUGUGCCUUUGCUGUGCUUGUGAUUAUGGUGUACACUCACUUAACCACUAUCUUACACACACUCCCUCCUCCUACUCACUCACACACUCUUGCUCACCCCCCCCCCCAUCCUUUCUUAAUUGCUCUCCUCAAUGUGGUAGAUAAUUUUAGGUUGACAGCUGUUUUCUGGGUGUUCUUCUUGUCCCUGCAGUGCUGUGUCCCACAUAGAGCCAGUGGAGGAGCCACCAGUUCUACAACACUGAACACUCCAGGCAUAAGCACCUUUUUUAUUUUAUUUUAGGUACUCAGCUUACUGUCCCUGACCUCCAGGGGGCCCCCAUUGAUUUUGUUAGUCACUCUCACUCAGAUAUCAAUAACAUGGCAUAAGUCAUGGUAAAAUGUGUUGAAUUGUAGGAAAUUAACUUUAAAACUGCAGAGAUUUUUUUAUCCCAUGGUAAAAUGGGUAGAAAUGCUUGGAGGGCCCCCAACCAAAUCUCUCUUAGAGCCCCCAAAAGGCUAGAGCCUGCCUGCAAUCAGGAGAUGCAGAGUUCUAGAACAUACCAAUGGAAGGAGAGUCACCCACCCCACCCUCCUAAUAAUGUGGACUCUUCCUGAUGGAGUAUUUUAUUUCUCCACCACAACUUUUCCUGCGACCUUUGAGAUUCACAUUUUAAUGCCUGUUUUACAUUAUAAUUUUCUCACAUUUUACGUGUAAUCUUAAAUGUUUUUUAAUGUUGUAAUGCUAUAAUCUCACAUUAGUUUUAAUGUCUUCUCUGCAUGUUAGCAGUAUUACUCUUCAUUGUCUAAAGUGGCUUCCUAUACUCAUCUCCUAUCCUCCAUUUGCACUGAUGUGAAGGAACUGGAGACAGAAAACAAAUUCCUCUACCUUCACCUGCCUGCCUUUUCACAUCAGUAAAGAUUAGGGUGAGGAGACAAGGAGAAGAAGUCACUUGACAAUUGGGAUGCAGCUUUUCUCUGUUAAACUGGCCAAUGCCCUCUGUGUAUAUAUAGGAGGGAUGGGGAAAUAAGACUUCUUCAACCAGUCUAACUAGGGUGGGAUCAGUCAUGGUGUCCAAUGAGAGCUCUCCACUUUAUCAGAGAGCUCCUAUUGGUUCAGAGCAAUUAAUGAUUGACAGACCAUGGGGAUUAGUGGGGUUCAGAAGCCUUGUUUUCCCCAUCUCUUAGGUUUUACGUUUCAUAAACCCCCUGAAGGGUUGUGUAUGUCUUUGCAUGCUGCUACAUAGGAUUAGGGAGCUACAUCGGUCAAAUGUUAUGAAGCAUUAUUUUGUAUACUACAAUGUGAAAUUGCACAGAUCUAAAAUGUUUUUUUAAGUGAUGAACUUCUCGAAACAGGGAAAAAUAAUGACAGAAGUUAGUAAGGUAACUGAAAGAACAAACUUUUUUUUUUCUGUAUUUUUAGAGAGAUUUUCACUGCCAGUAGUGUGUGUGGCCACUUAUUAUGACAUCACCAUUGUUAUGUAAUCACUAGCCGUCAACCUCUGACCCCUCCUAGUGAUCACCCUGUAUACUUGCCUCAUACAUCCUCUGUAACGUACAGUAAGUUAAGGGUUAUUUGAGUAAUUUAAUGGAUACAGCAAUAAUAUUAGGACGUUAAAUUGCUAUGAGUUGAUCCUGCCAUGUUGUUUUUAGAACCAAUAACUCUUUGAUGUUGUGUAAAGGUUGGGGAUCUAGUGAUGACAUGUUAUCUUGUCUUGUCCAGUGGACGUAGCAACAGUAGUCUAUCACCAAAUCGUUGCAUGUACUUAUGUAGACAAUUUAAAGGAUGUACGGAGGUUUCUGUACAAAAGUAGGAGAGAUCCUUCAAACAUAAACAUUUCAAAAACCCAUUGUCUACAUCCACAACCACUAACCUUCAGCACUGUCUAUAAUAUCACCUGUGUACGCCACAAUCCUUUCAAAUCGUCAGCAGUAACUAAGCUCAGUGCACAAUAAUUACAAUAGCACACAAACCGAUCAGGCACGGUCUAUCACUACUCAGGUACACCCAGAGCGUUUGUUCUACAGCAGCCAGCCUGUCCACAGAAGUACAGCAAUAUGGAUCGUGUUAGGAUGAAGAGUGUAGAUGUUGUUACUCCAUGCUUGGGGAUAAUGUUGUAGCAUUAGCAAGCCCAUCAUCCUACAGCUUGAGUAGCCAUGUAGUAGUUUUUGUCUGUCCUAGGCCUGAGUAGUAGUAUACUAACAUCAGUGAUAAAGCUUCAGACAAGUAUAGGCUAGUACUUGAAGAUCUAGCUAAGUGGUCGUUGUAGCACCAGCUUGCAUUAACUCUGUAAUAAGGCAGCCUGACAGCUAUAGACAGCAACUAGAAAUCCCAGGUACUCGGCGGGCCGCUGUAAAUCGAUGGUAGUGCCAGUCCUCACUAUUAGAAGUCCAGGGUAGUUAGCGGGAAUCAUGGAGUCUAACGGAAGCUCUCUUUUCCCUGUAUGAAAGUGUAUGUUAUGAAGAGAUGUUGGGUUUUAGUUGAGGGUCUCAGAAGGCAUCUUUCUUUAUUAAGUGAAGCCAGCAAAGUUAGUAGACCUCUACGUACUGUACAGAAUCAUAUGUAACUAUCUUUCAACUGUAGCAAGCUUCAAAAGCAUUCAGAACCCCUAG